CCUCUCUGGGACUUCGUUCCAAAAGGAACGGCUUUUUUCUUUUUGCCGAUGUUUUCAUACAUGUAUGUUGUGGUGGGAGUCCAUAGGUAAAAUUGGUUGAGAAUGUGAUGCGUGAGAUGCAUAUGGACUGGGGUUCGAAUAGAAGCAGAGUCAGGUCAGUUGCUGUAUGACUUUGAGUUAACAACCUCGGAUUAAUGAGACUAAAGUAGAGGAAACCCAUGCGUUUGAAUAUCUAAUUGACCACAACGUCGGUCAAACCACGUCGAAUGAGGUGACUGUUGUUCUGGAAAGAAAUGAAUAUCCAGAUACAAACUACGAGUGAAAACGACAGCAACAGUAACAACAUCAACACCAAUAACGAGAAAGAGAAAGACGUUGGGAAAGCAAAAAUGAAAUACCGUUCGUUAAUGUUUCUUUUGCAAUGCGUGACUAUUCUUCACUUUGUUACGGCUCAGGAUCCAGAAACAGCAUCAAAGGAUUUAGCUAUCAAUACGGGAGCAUCAGAUUCGAUGAAUUAUGAUAAUUGUAGCUACUCAAUAAUUCCAUCAAAACCAACUGUUUCACUACUGCAAGACGAAGUAAAACAGAUGGUGUUUAAUAAUGAUGUUGAAAAGACGAUAUUCAAAAAAGUAAAAGAAGACACGACGAUAGGAAAGGACGAUAUAAAACAUCCGGUUGAUAGAAAGCACGAAGAAGACCUGGCGACGGCCGAAAAAGAAGACAAAGAGACGAUGUUUGGAAAAUUCGUCCAGUAUAUAAAGUCCUGUGCUAGUCCGGGCAACGCUUCUUUAAUUUUCCCUUCUAUAUACGUCUUGUUUGUUGUUGUCGUGACUGGGCUACAGAUGUCCUCCUAUUUUUAAUUCUUGCUUAAAUCGAAGGAAGAAGAAAAAAACUGGUUCAGGAAAUUCAUAGUUUAAAAGGAAGAAUCAACUGGAAACAAGUUUUGGAGAAACAAAUAAUUGAAGGCGGGAAGUUUAAAGAACUUCUCUUCAUUCUUAGAUUCUAAAUAAACCUUUCGCUACUCUU